UGAUGAAGGUAGCCUUUGCAGUGAAACACGAGCGCACUGCAACGCUUGCCUAUGAGAAAGUAGACGUAUUGACAUGUGGCCCACGCCGUUUCUUCGAGAUGGGCUCUCCUACUUGGACUUGGUAGAAAAUAAGCCGUGAAGGCAUAACUUUCAUACUAUUAAAUAGACACUUUUACAAAAGAUGCGGCAUUCGCCUAGGAUCAGAUAGCUCAGCCCCCCCCACGACCUCUAAUGCAACAAGUGUAAAAAGGCUUCGAGUACGAACGCGCUUACAAGACAAGUCAGGG